GAACUCCUAUUAAUUAUUCCACUGAAAGUGGGUACCCGGAAGACCUGCCAGAAGAUUUUUAUCCUAGAAGAGUUCUCGGUACAGGCGUAAAAAUGGGAUUUACUGUUGUCUUGAAUGCAUCUUUAAAUGAAUACUUUUGCUCCUCUUCACGGAAUGCAGGCUUUAAGAUCCUUGUCCAUGGUUCAUCUGAAGUUCCCCGCAUAGCGGAUUCAGCAACUCUUGUACCAACAAAAUAUGAGACAAGAAUCCAAAUCAACCCUUCAUAUCGGGAUACAGCCAAGAAUGUUCGUUCGCUUCCUAUUAAGGAUCGAAAGUGCCUCUACAAUUCUGAAUUAACUUUGAAGAGUUUCCGAAUAUAUACGUCAGGAAAUUGUCGAAUGGAAUGUACUGCAGACAUUAUGGAGAGAGAGUGUGGAUGCAUCCAAAUUUAUCUGCCCCGACGAUCAAAUGACACCCUAAUUUGCGGAUUGAGUGACAUUCGUUGUGCGAAUCAAGUUGAAAGGGAGGUCAAUAAUUUAUUGAAUCCGAACGGCAAGUGUAAUAGCUGUCCUUGCAGUUGUGAUUAUAUCGAAUAUAAAGUGACUGUAACGCGCAGUCGUCUUCUGGCGAAAGAUCCUCAACUGGAUGCAAUUCUUCAGUCCGGGUAUGAUGUCAAUGAGUUGGCCGUAGUCCACUUUUAUCAUAAUCAAAGGAGAAUCCGUGUAACCAGAAUGGAAGCUUAUUUGGGCUUUCUUAAUUUCUUUUCGAACAGCGGUGGUAUCUACAGUUUAUUCUUGGGGUUCAGUUUCCUAUCACUUAUUGAGCUGUGUUACUUCACGGUAUUGUUUCUGCCGAAAGCUAUCAAAUACAUACGAACAAAGGCACAACGUACAGUAAAGGCCGCGCCAAAAUGUGCCAGCAUUUAUUCCAUGAAUAGAGAAGAAUCGAUCAUUCGGAGGAAAAUUGGGGCCUACUUUAUAAGCAAUGCAGAUGCAGAAUAA